UUAAAACUGUGGCCUUCCAAAAAUGAGUCUGUUGGCAAAUUUAUACUGACCCAUCCCUGUUUUUAUAUAUACCAUCUUCAUGUUCUUUAGGGCCGUUUUCUCAAAGCGAACUUGAAGGUAUUGACCUUGCAGUUCUUCCCUAACAUCGAACGAGGAUGAAAGUUCUGGAAGGAUUUGUGGAUCUGUGAGCUGAUUUUACAAGGCUUGCGAGGUGUUUCCAAACCUUCGGGACUUAAGAGUAGAAAAGGCGGGGUGGUGCGCUACCUAGGGAUAUAUCACAGGGAGAAAGCGCCGCGUUAAGACCUUCGGUUGAGAGUGUGUAGUUUAAUCACCGCCUGCGGCAGCGACGGGGGCAAGCCCCCUCCCCACCUGCCACCCCAGCGGCGCUUCUCGGGUUUCCUUGGUGCCGCGCGCCAAUUGCUUCCGGGUCGCGGCGGACGUCGUUUCCGUAGCAGCAUGGCGGCCACAGAGGACGAGCGGCUGGCGGGGAUCGCUGAGGGAGAGCGGCUGGAUUUCCUGCGGGACCGGCACGUGCGGUUCUUCCAGCGCUGCCUCCAGGUCUUGCCAGAGCGCUACUCUUCGCUGGAGACCAGCAGGUUGACUAUUGCAUUUUUUGCACUCUCCGGACUAGAUAUGUUGGACUCCUUAGACGUGGUGAACAAAGAUGAUAUAAUAGAGUGGAUUUACUCCCUGCAGGUCCUUCCCACAGAAGACAGAUCAAAUCUAAACCGCUGUGGUUUCCGAGGCUCUUCCUACCUGGGUAUUCCAUUCAAUCCAUCAAAGAAUCCUGGAACCGCUCAUCCUUAUGAUAGUGGCCACAUAGCAAUGACCUACACUGGCCUUUCAUGCCUAGUUAUUCUUGGAGACGACCUAAGCCGAGUAAAUAAAGAAGCUUGCUUAGCAGGCUUGAGAGCCCUUCAGCUAGAAGAUGGAAGUUUUUGUGCAGUACCUGAAGGCAGUGAAAAUGACAUGCGAUUUGUAUACUGUGCUUCCUGUAUUUGCUAUAUGCUCAACAACUGGUCCGGCAUGGAUAUGAAAAAAGCCAUCAGCUAUAUUAGAAGAAGUAUGUCCUAUGACAAUGGCUUGGCGCAAGGAGCUGGACUUGAGUCUCAUGGAGGAUCAACUUUUUGUGGCAUUGCAUCACUGUGCCUGAUGGGUAAACUAGAAGAAGUUUUUUCAGAAAAAGAAUUGAACAGGAUAAAGAGGUGGUGUAUAAUGAGGCAACAAAAUGGUUAUCACGGAAGACCUAAUAAGCCUGUUGACACCUGUUAUUCUUUUUGGGUGGGAGCAACUUUAAAGCUUCUGAAAAUUUUCCAGUACACUAACUUUGAAAAAAAUCGAAAUUACAUCUUAUCAACUCAAGAUCGCCUCGUAGGGGGAUUUGCCAAGUGGCCAGAUAGUCAUCCAGAUGCUUUGCAUGCAUACUUUGGAAUUUGUGGCCUGUCACUAAUGGAGGAAAGUGGCAUUUGUAAAGUUCAUCCUGCUCUGAAUGUAAGCACACGGACUUCUGAACGCCUACGAGAUCUCCAUCAGAGCUGGAAAACCAAGGACUCUAAACAAUGCUCAGAGAAUGUACACAUCUCCACAUGACUGACUUUAGAUUGGGAAGCGGGGUGGGGGGAUUUGUAGCGUAACUGUAGCUCAAGGUUAAAAGCCAUGUAUAACCAAGUGUGCUCUUUUUUUCAGAGGUAGAGUCUUACAAUCGAAUCUUGUGCCAAUGUCACUUUGGUAUAUGGUCUUGAGCCAGUAACCUUUGUACUAGGUUUCAAGAAAAUCUUUGUUGGAGUUUGAACCACGGUGGACUCUGUUGUGGUUCUUAAUGUUUAUACUGUAUUUCUAAGUUCUUUGAGGUAAAUUAACUGUAUGUAUGUAGGUUUAUCUUUUUAAAAAACUCUUCAGUACAAAGUUGUAUCGUAUUAUAAAAUGGACACAAAUCUUCAAAAGAAGUUUACAGUUCACAUAGCUGUGAUAAUCGGGUGAACACUUAGUGAUCAUUUAAAAAGCUUGACUGCUGAUGGUAGAACAUUGCUUUAAUGAAUUAAGUAUCUGGGAUUAUUCUUUGAAAACAGAUGAUCCCAUAAUUUUUAAAAAGAAUGACUUAUUUUGUCUUUUUCUUAAGUAAAAUGUGCCAAUUAAACUUUUGUGUAUAAAUGAAAGUAACUUCAUAGCAAAAAUGAAUAGGCUUAACUAAUCUAAUAAUUUUCUAAUAGAUUGUUUUAAGAAGACUAUUAUGUAAUUGAAGGAAAAGUAAUUUAACUAUGUGAUCAUGAAUGUGAAAGUUUUGUGUUGUGUGGGUCAUUUAUUUUAGAUGUUGCUGAGGUCAGUAAUAGUUAUGUUUGAUUUUAAUCUCAAAUCAUUAGUUGCUUUUUUGCAGAGAAAAUAGUCAUCUGUAAGGGAAGACAUCUAGUGAUUUUAUUUUUCUGAGAUACAUGAUAUUGUAAAUUGUACUUUUAUAACAGUUAUUUUUAGCCACUUGAACUUUUUUUCUUUAGUUUGUUGCCACUAGUGUGCUAGCUGCUCUAAUUUGAAACUGAUGAUUUUCUAAUUUUUUCAAAGUAAGUAAGUAAACAUGUAAGUAAAAAAAAAAAAAAAAGCACCGCUCAACUAAAUUUAAUGGUAUCACUCCGUACAUGGUCAUUUAUAUUUUUGUAUUUUCAGGUAAGUGGGAGGGAAACGUACUAUUUAGGGGUUGAGGACUGGGAUUUUGCUUUGUUUUGUUUUCUUCAUUCUAUGACCUAGCUAAUUGUAAUGAAGUUAAAGUCUUGGUGAUAAUAAAUAUUGGCUUUUUAGUUUUAAAAGUAUCAGUAUAAAAAUUAAAUUACUACUAUCACUGUUUAGGUAUUGUAAUACUUAAAUUUUUAUUUUUAUUUCUUAGAGUGAAGAAAAAACCCUUAAAUAAUGGCCCUUCCCAAAGGAAAUCUAGUGUAUAUUUGGAAAAAUGGUUCAUUUCAUAUUGGCGUGCUUAGUUUUAAACCUCAAUUUGCCGAAGUCAACUUUUUUUUAAAAUUAGAAAUAAAGCCAAUUUUCUGAUGGUGGGGAAAAAAUAAGCUUAACAACAGAUGUCAUCUUUCCAAAUGUUAUUCCAGUUGCACCUGUUUAAGUCCUGACAAAUUAGGACGUCUAUGUCUCAAACUAAGUCAUCUCUUAGACAUGAGGAAUUAAAAUGGUAUGUAUGCUUUAGAACUAUAUAAAAAGCCCAAAUUGUUUUUCCUGAAUUGCCAUUCAUGGUUGGAAUUGCCAUAUUAAUAAAUGAAGGAGAAUUUCAA